GGAGCUGACACCCCCGGCCCGGGGCCGCCCGCCCCCGCCGCCCGCACGGACUCGGCGCCGCGCGUUCUUCUCACCCCGAAGGCGGCGGCGUGCGAGCGGCUGCGAUGAACCCGGUGAAUGCCACUGCUCUCUACGUUUCCGCGAGCCGCCUGGUGCUCAACUACGACCCGGCAGAUCCGCAGUCCUUCACCGAGAUUAACAAGCUCCUGCCCUACUUCAGGCAGUCCCUCUCCUGCUGCGUGUGCGGAAAUUUGCUACAAGAUCCUAUUGCUCCUACAAACUCCACGUGUCAGCAUUAUGUCUGCAAAACGUGUAAGGGCAAGAAGAUGAUGAUGAAACCAUCAUGCAGCUGGUGCAAGGACUACGAACAGUUUGAGGAGAAUAAGCAGCUAAGCAUUUUAGUGAAUUGCUAUAAGAAACUCUGCGAGUACAUAACACAGACUCCACUGGCGCGAGAUAUUAUCCAAGCAGUUGACUGUUCUGCAGACCUUUUGGCUUUGCUCAAAGAUGGAUCACCACUCCACGAAGAGACGGAAAAACCUCCCGACACAACCUUGGCUUUGUGUUUGACACAUUCCCCAGUACCUUCAACCUCGGAACUCACAAGUGAUCCUCCAGCUGAUGCGACGUCAAAACCCGAGAGCACGCAGGAUGUUGAUAUUAGAGGUUCUGUUAUCAAUGGUUUGCCCAAUUGUAAUGGGCUUUCAGUAGAUAAACUUGGAGUGACUAUUCCUUCUCCUGAACACACAAACACGAUUGAUGUAUGUAGUACCGGAGAGUAUAUGAAAAAUGAAGAUACCUCCAGCAGCCUGCAGCCUGUGUGUGACCCGGUUUCCACCAGUGAUUUGUGUACGACAGGCAUCGACAUCUGCAGUUUUAGUGAAGAUAUAAAACCAGGCGGAUCUCUUCUCCUCAGUGUUGAGGAAGUUCUCCGGAGCUUAGAAACAGUUUCAAAUACUGAAGUCUGUGGCUCUAAUUUGCAGCCCAGCUUGGAGGCAAACGUGACUAAUGGCCCUUUCCUACAGCUUUCUCCCCCGCCUCUUAGCCAUAACAUUUUCGUGUCCACAGAUGCUCCUCCUCACGGGAUCUCGUGUACAGCAGCAACACCCAAGGUAGUCAAGUUAAACAGAAAGCGAUCUCGAUCAGAAAGCGACAGUGAAAAGGUGCAACCUCUACCCAUCUCCAGCAUCAUCUGUGGCCCAACACUGGGAGCAUCAGCUCCUGUAACAGUGAAACAGGAAAACAAAAUGUCUUUGCAGCCUGUUGCAACUGUUCCUAACGGAGGCACGACUCCCAAAAUAAGCAAAACUGUGCUCCUGUCCAACAAAAGCGUGAAAAAGAAUUUAGAACACGCCCCUAAGAAAUCUCACCCCAAAGCCAAACCAGGAGUGCUGAAAACAAAGGACAAAGCAAAGGAGAAAGUCCCGAGCAGUAACGUUAUGCCAGGAAGCCCAACAAAAACUGUGUAUAAAAAGCCACAAGAAAAGAAAGGGUGCAAAUGUGGUCGUGCCACCCAAAAUCCAAGUGUUCUUACAUGCCGUGGCCAACGCUGCCCUUGCUACUCUAACCGCAAAGCCUGCCUUGACUGCAUAUGCCGUGGCUGCCAAAACUCCUACAUGGCUAAUGGGGAGAAGAAGCUGGAGGCAUUUGCAGUGCCAGAAAAGGCCUUGGAGCAGACUAGGCUUACUUUGGGCAUUAAUGUGACAAGCAUUGCGGUGCGCAAUGCCAGCACAAGCACCAGUGUAAUCAAUGUGACAGGGUCACCAGUAACUACGUUUUUAGCUGCCAGUACACACGAUGACAAAAGUUUGGAUGAAGCUAUAGACGUGAGAUAUGACUGUUGAAUCUUUUUCUUUUCCCUGCCGUCAGUAGGGGAACUGCUACAGUUUAAAGGCAGCUAUGGUUCUGUUUAACUUGCUGGAGCUCCUGCGUUUAGAUCACUUGUAUCAAGUGUUUUUCAUUGCUAUGUUAUGUGUAUUAGUGUCUGGGAAAUAGUUGCAGAUAAUGGAGGAGUUACCCUAAAACUGUUUUUAGUUCUUACGGCACCUCAUAGUUUGAGAUGAAUUGCUGAUGUAAAUGAUUUUAUCACAAGAUCUUUGGCAAGGAGUCUAUUAGCCUCAUUGUACUUGCUCAUGCUUUGUGCUCAGUCAAAGCUUCUGCUUAAACGUAGAGAAGUGCUGUCUAGUUAGCCCGUGUAAACUGUGCUACAUUAUGGUGCAGAAAAGUAAUUAUCAAUUGGUUACAAUCACUAUUGUCAGAAAAAUCACCUAUUAUUUCUGGAGGAAACGCGGCAUUAAGCUGAGGAGCAUGGUCUGAAAAGGGUAGGUCAUUUCUGAUAGUUAGAAUUGAUUAUGGACAGUUACAAAUUAAGAUCAGUAAGAUCCUGAGAAAGCCAACAGCCCACAGAGCAGUUCAGCCUCCCCGCGAGGGUCAGGGAGUUACUCAUAUGUUAGAGGGCUGACUGCAAUACGCCACCCCUGGUAAUGCCAUCAUCCUGGUUUUCUUCCUGCCAGUUCCAGUGGUCACACUCCUGACCUGUUCAUGCCCUCCAUGCCUGCUCCAUUUGUUUGACACGUGCCCACCUUGACUGAAGUAGAAAAAUUGCUUGUACGCAAAGAAGGUUCAAGUUUGAGUAGCGCUACUUCCUUAGCAGCCCCCUCCUUUAUUUCUUUCAUUGCCAGUUCCUGGUGGUUUUGAUUUUAACGCUGCUGCAUCUAGAACAGAACUGCUGGGUGUUUCUGUUUGAUUGAAGCUGAAGCACCUGGGAGAGCCCCCUUUGAGGGCAGUUCUUUGCUGAUGAUCCCUCAGCUGGGGCAGAAAUGGAUUUCUAUCAAAGGUCAAAUAUUGUGGAUGUGUCAGACACAAAAAGCUGUAUAAUUUACCCGGAACCCAUCACGUUUUUUGUGAUACAUCAAAGGUCGGAGUUUUUGUGGCUUGGGCUGAAAAGACCCCAAAUGGCAAAAUAACACAGAGAUGUCAGAGAGCUCAUUUUAGAAAGUGUUAAAAAUGGAAACGCCUUUGUAGGAAUUCAGUUUUAUUAUCAAACAAAAACAAAAGCGGAUGUAAUUGUAAUCCCUAAAUAAAAGUACAGCCAGAAGCGUUUGGUCUCGCAGUUGAGAUUCCACUGGCAACCUAAAAAAUGCAGUUGCUUUGUGAAAGCAGAAAUUUCUCCUCUUGGAAUGAUAGAGCACAGAUGAAGCACAGGCUGACUGGAACACACCACAUCACCUUCUAAUUUAAAAGGCAAUUCCUGUUUCAGCAGCAUGUGAAAUACUAUGUGAAUUUUUCGGGUUAACUGCUUCCAUCUCUCUUCAAUUCAUCCAAUGGAGCCCGCAGUGCUUGCUGACCUAACGUCAGGUAUAUUUUGAUUUGGCACAAAGCAUGUACAAUGAUGGUUACUCACCUAAGAAAUAAGCAAAAACCUUUGGACACGAAUGGCACCUCCUUUCGUUUUGUAGUGUACCAUGGUGUCAUUUUCUGUGGAUGUGGUCAGAUCUUUCUGUUGGUUUUGGUUUGUUUCUCCCCCCGUCUUUUUUGUGGGGUGGGCAGGGUGGGGGGUUAAAGCCAUAGGAAGAAAAAUGUGAUGUAUGUGUCCAGUCUGUACUUUUUUGUUUUUGUUUUGCAAGAAGAGUUGAAAAAUAUUUUUGAUAAUGAGUAAAUGGUGGAAAAUGCUUCUUAGUAUUCUUGUCUUUAUUUGCCAACCCAGGUACCUAAGGUCUGUGUUUUCUAGCUCUCAUGAGGUUUAACGAUGUCCUAUUAAAAUGUAUUUAGUUAAACUUGUAUGUGAUGAUUUUUGUGUUGACCCAAGAGGAUCCUGCAGUUUCCUGGUUUGGUGGUUUGAUUGUGACCUACUGAUGUAAAUCUGUUUCCCAGUCCACUACAUGUAAGAAACGUUGCCAGACCAGAGUCUGAUCUCAGAGCAGCAACAUGCACAGCAUGGGCUGUUCCUAAAUGGUGUUGCAGAGCUGUUGAGUUUUGCUGGGAUUGUUGGUGGUACGUUUAUUAGGACUAAUAUUAAAUGACAUGCGUAGUGCUUGUGCUCCAGAAAUGCAGGAUUACGUGGAGUCUUCAGUAUCUCACUGCUGCGUUAAAUAUGGUACCAAAAUUGGGUGGUUGAGGUCAAGUGUGUGUUGGAACUGUUGACAGGAGAGCCCUGAUCGUUCAUUGAUCGUUAAUGUAACAGUGCAAAUGGUAGAUUCAGGUUGUUUCUAAAAACGUUUCUUUUUAUGCUGCCACGUUUUUGAAUUGUGUAUUAAAAUUCAAAUUGAUUUAAUAAAUGUUAGUUUUCUAAUUCUA